CGUAAAACGGUAAAAGUGAGGAAUUUGGCGGGAAAUCUUUUAUGUCGAUAACGGCCAUAGCCACCACUCACUCCACCAUGUACCGCCGUUCGUUCAUUACAGACUGAGACCGUAGUGCGAUGAAGAAAAUGAGAAUUUCCCGAAUUAACCCCAACGAUCCAUCUUAUCCUCACCACAAGAAGCCUAACUUCGUCGCUCAUGAAAAUGAAAGCCCUAAAACAACUUCCAAAUCGGAGAGACAAAAUUUCACAACAUGUGAUCCGAAAACUUCUGAGUAUGCUUUCUUUAAGAAAUUGAAGAAGGAUGCUUCGUUGUCAUUUAUGAAGCCUGAAUUCGGUGAUUGUUCCAAAGAGAGGACUGAUGAUGUUGGGGUUGGCACUAAAGGAUGCAACUCUUCGAGGAUCAUUCAGGACGUGCCAACUUUUAAGAUGGACUCAUUUCUUUCUCCUUUUGUUGGAGCUUGGAAUAAGUCAGGUGUGUGUUAGAAGAGAGAAUUUCAUACCACAUUAGCCACAGAGGUAAACUGAUACGUAUGAUCAUUAAGCUUCAAAAUUAACAAUAUCAAUAGAUAGGGAUAAAUAGGAAAGUGUUCCUCAUUCUGGUGACUUUGUUUCUGUUUUCACAAACUAUCAAUAUCUAGCCUUAAAUAGGAAAGUGUUCCUCAUCCUUUAGUCCCAUUGGAUUUUUUUAGUUUGUUUUGUGUGCCAUUUUUUUUCUAAUCAACACAUGAUUAUGUCAUGAAUUAAAAUGCAAAGCUUGCUAGUGUUUCAGUUGAAUCAGGAAGACUUCAGUAAUGUGAUCUUCUGAAGAAGUUGAAAUAUUGUAAACUGUCCCCUCCCCCCAUAUUUUCAGUUUUCAGUUUCCUGUUAAACAACAAUUGAGUACCAAAAGAUUGUUUUCCUUGUGGUGUAUGCAGACCUGUACUCUAUCAGCAGCAUGCCGAAAAAGUCUCAGGGUUGCAGUGACACCAUCAAACCCCAGAGCAUAUUUUCACAUGGAGGUUUGAUUUUCUUCAUAUUGAUUGCUUAGGUGAUACAGGGUUGUGGGGGAAAAUAAUGUGUAGAACAGUUUGAACAUAUUAGCUUAUUUUACUGGGUCUUCGGUGCCAAUCUUGUACCAGGUACCACUCAUUUGUUAAAAUCUAUUUCUCUUGUUUGAGAAUGUGUUGACAUAGCUUUUGUGAAACAUUUUACUUUGUGGCACUUCAGGAAACCAGUAUGAGGAUGGAGAUAUCUUUUCUAGAAAGAGACAGAAAUUACGGCAGUUUGUUGCAGAUGCCUUAUUUCCUGAUACAGAGAAACUCUGUUCAAAAGGGUUAGACAUUUUUACAAUGAUAUUAAAUGUAACUCUCCUUGCCUUCUUGAUUAUAAUAGGAAUUUUUCAGGUUUGAUAUUGUUUCCGUGCUCCUUAGUCGGCUGUUCCCAUUGAGCACUGACUGCACUGUAAAAAAUGUAUGUUGUGUUAGAAGCCCUUUGUAAUGAUAUAAUUCUUUCCUAUCCCUUCCUUGACAAAAGUGAUCUUCUGUUCAGUCUGUUCAGAAACACGAUGAUCCAAAUCCAGGAAAAAUAGAGAGCAUUGCCAGAUACGAUUUGCUUGAUUAUCGAGAGUUGGAUGUUGAAUUUAAGGAGCACUAUCCAAUACCUAAGAGGAAACUUCUUGAACUUGAAUCAGGCUCAUACUUCAGUGAUCAGUUGGUGUCUCCUAUGUUUCUUGAGUUGGGUGAGAGAAUGACUUCACAUGCUGAGUUUCCAACCUAUCAUUCUCAGAACUUUCAACCUUGGUACAGUACAACAGAACCUAAGUGCAAAUUGAGUAG